AUGUUGGGAUUCAAAACACAGGGAUUCAACGGCUACGCGGCCAACUACUCGCCGUUUUUCAACGACAAGAUUGCGGUCGGAACGGCGGCCAACUACGGGCUGGUCGGAAACGGAAAACUCUUCAUUCUGGGCAUCUCUCCCGAGGGCCGCAUGGUCUGCGAAGGCCAGUUUGACACCCAGGACGGCAUUUUUGAUGUCGCGUGGUCCGAGCAACACGAAAACCACGUGGCAACCGCCUGCGGAGACGGAUCAGUCAAGCUGUUCGACAUCAAGGCCGGUGCCUUCCCUCUGGUAUCGUUCAAGGAGCACACACGGGAAGUCUUCUCUGUCAACUGGAACAUGGCCAACAAGGCGCUCUUCUGCACAUCUUCAUGGGACUCUACAAUCAAAAUCUGGACGCCGGAACGUACAAACUCCAUCAUGACCCUUGGCCAGCCUGCUCCGGCCCAGGGAACAAACGCUUCAGCUCACAUUGGCCGUCAGACGGCCCCCAACCAGGCAGCAGCCCAGGAGUGCAUUUAUUCGGCGAAAUUCUCGCCUCACACAGACUCGAUUAUUGCAUCCGCACACUCCACAGGAAUGGUCAAGGUGUGGGACACUCGAGCACCCCAGCCUCUCCAGCAACAGUUUUCCACGCAGCAAACCGAGUCUGGAGGACCACCAGAGGUUCUGUCGCUGGACUGGAACAAGUACAGACCCACAGUGAUUGCCACAGGUGGCGUUGAUCGGUCUGUUCAGGUCUACGAUAUCCGAAUGACUCAACCUGCAGCCAACCAACCCGUUCAGCCAUUGAGCUUGAUUCUGGGCCACAGACUACCCGUCAGAGGAGUUUCGUGGUCACCGCAUCAUGCCGACUUGCUGCUGUCGUGUUCUUACGACAUGACUGCUCGAGUUUGGCGGGACGCUAGCACUGGAGGCAACUAUCUGGCUCGACAGCGGGGUGGAACAGAAGUGAAAUGCAUGGACAGACACACAGAGUUCGUUAUUGGCGGCGACUGGUCGUUAUGGGGCGAUCCUGGAUGGAUCACCACCGUUGGAUGGGACCAGAUGGUUUAUGUUUGGCAUGCGUAA